GAAAGAUCCAGCCGAGCUGGCCGAAGCUGUGCGAUCGCAACCUGACCUUGGUCCGGUUUGCGGGAACAGAUUCUUUUAGGCUUGAGCUGGAUUAUGCUUGCAUGAUUUUUUGCCGGAGACAUCUGCUGUCGGUGGACACUGAUUGGUUUGUCCACGUCCGAGCAGAUGCCUCUCCGCAAGGGGGGCGCGACUUCCUGGUCUGCGAGUUGGACAGGUGCGUGAUCCCGCAGCGCGACGCACAGCGCCUGUCCGACCCGCAGAUCACGGAAGUCGAGAUCAGCACCCGGCUGCUUCCUCUGGCCAUAGUGGGUGCCAAGGCUGCGUCGGCCAGCCACAAAGCCCUGCUGCUCAUGAAAAGCCUUUCCUUGGAAAGUGAGAGCCUUCAGGAGACGCUUCGCCGGACAGUUGCGCUUUUGUUUGAUUACGGAGCUGAAAGCGGCAUAUGGAAGCUCUCGGCAGCACCCUUUUUGGAUUCAGCAGAAGCAGCACAUUUUCACUCUCCUUUCGCCGUGGUGCCAGCAGCAGAUCCACGUGGGUUGCAGGAGGCCGAACUUUGCCGCCUGUUUCCACGGGCACUGCCUCUUGCAGAUGGAGACCACGCCCUGCACCACGAGCACAAGAAGCAGAUGGCGAGUCUUUUCAAGACCGUCUGCCCAUCCUUCGUCGAACACCGAUGGCAAUAUCUUUUCGAAACAUUGUCCUGGAUCGCCCCAAGACAACAAUGCUUGGCUUACUUGAAACUGGAAGAGCUAUCAGGAGGACGCGACGACGGGGACGGUCAGGACGCUGCUGUGCUGAGCUCAAAGCAACUGGAGUUGCUUGCUGGUUUGUGUGGAGACGCUGUCCAGAAUGUGGACGCGUUGAAAUUCUGGGCACUGACUGGGUUGGCAAGGCUGUUAGCAGAUUGGGGACAACGAUUUAGCUGGAGCUUGCACAGCUGCCCAUGCCAUCCCCGCCGCUUGCGGCGAUCAGAGGUGGAUGACGCGGAUAAGACUGCUCAGUCGGGCAAGCGCGGUGGUAAGACCGUGCCGUGCCCAAUGGAAGGCCGCAUGUGUGUGCCCUUGGCUGCUGGCCUUGCAGAGGUGGCGAUACAGCGCCUGAGCGCCAUCGGCAUCCCCGCGCAUGUGCAGCAGGCGCUCAGGCAACUGGAAGCAGCUGAUGCUGGCGCAGCAAGUGAGCUGAUGGAUGGUUUCAAGACUGCCGUGUCGCGCAUAUCUUUCCGCAUGAAGCAAGCAUUCGGAUAUUGGAAAGAGUUGCCGUGGGCCUUGCUUGUCAUCAUGCGGCCUUGGGUGGAGUACUUCUCUUCUUCGGAGGAAGCAUUGUCUUGCCAGAAGGAAUGCCGUGAAAUGGCACUGCUAUUGCUCCGACAGCAUGAUGCUACAGUCAACAAGGCAGCACUGGGCGUAAUCUCUUUCCGAUUCCUCAACGCAAGCGGUCCAUUUCGUGCCCAUUUGGAGGCGUGGGCCACGUCGCAAGUGCAAGAGAUGCACCCGCCAAUGUGGCACGAACUCAUGGCAUACAGCACUGGUCUCUCUGUCAUGCAACGGCUCGAAAGCCGGCAUUCCCUUCUGAAGCGCUUCUUGGGAUUUCGGUGGCGACAGUUGCCUGCGACUUUGUCAGCGACAGCCAGGCGCAGGCAAAACAAGGAUCUUUCGUCCCCUUUGUUCCAGCAGCAUCUGGAGGAAUGCUUGGCCAACAUCGGCGAACUUUGGCAGGGCACUUGGAGGUCAAAAACCGAGCUGCUGCAGCAGCUGGCGCAGUCGAGUGCGCAGGCCAUUCAUGAUCCUUUGUCGGAGAUACGACUUGGGCAACAAAACUUCUCUGACACUUUGGCCCGCCUGUGUUUGUCGGGCGAUGCUGCACCGGACGCCGACAACGAGCCUUCCAGCCUCAUGCGGGAACACGUGCGUGCUGCGCUGGAACGCCACAAGGUCUUUAAUGAACCCUUGGUCGGGGACACGCCGCCGGAAAAUUUGGCGGUGCAAUCGCACCAGGUCAUUCCCAUGGCGUAUGCAGCCAUUUUCAAGCCGUCGUGCCACCUGCACGACUUGCGCGUCUACGAGAACGUUGUGUCGGCGCCAGUUUUCUGCGAGUCCUUCUUCCUUGGUAUGCUCGAAGAUAUUGAUUACAUCCCUGACUCGGACACGCAGUCUGUUCGAGAUCUUGCCCAAGCGGCAAUAUCAAAAGGCACAGUGGUGUGCGCGACUGAAGGCAGUGAUGAUCAUGCGCUCGCCGCUGCUGAGUGGAUGCAGCAGAGUGGCAUGCUGUCCGAGCAGGGACACGUGGCUGAGUCGUUUAUAUCGGUUCAAACGGUGGUUAGCCGCCCUGUGCUGCGCGGUGAAUGUGCUUCCAGAUUCUCGCUUAGCAAAGCGCUUGAGGGUUGCGGGUGGCGAGCCUCCACUGACAAACUGAGACCUUCCAUGCGGCACAAGGUCUUUAAUGGGGCUCAGGCGCUCGAAUACUUUCAGCUUCUACACCGGCACCGUGAUGCUGUGUGCACCUUUGAUGAUGCAUACAAUUUUCGGCAUUCGCAAUCGAGAGCUUAUUACGACGCCAUACUGACUUCGUUUCUCAACCGCCCCGAGGGUGCGCCCGUCCAGUACAUCGCUCCUGGGCAAAAGGCGGACUUCUACAAGAGUCUCCGAAGUUUCUUCACAGGUGCUGUUGCUGAUGAUCCACGUGUAGCUCUCGAGUUGCUGGAGCCCAAGCGCCGCGCAAGACGGAGACGAUGUGAUCAGGACGAGCCGGGCAACGUUGCAGAAGCUGAUGGGGCUGCGGUGCAACAUGCUGAUGCAGCUGCGCAUGCACCAGAGCCACAGCCACAGGUGGACGCAGUCGGCCCGCCUGACUCAGAUCCAGUCGCUGCGUUGUAUGGUCCGAUUUGUGACGACAUGCUUGAGCUGCCUCGCCCUCCACACAAUCAUGAUGUUCAGCCAGAGGGCGCUGAGAUGGAAGAUGCAGGUGACAGUGAUGUCGAGUCUCAUGGCCCCGGCGAGGCUGCACCGCGUCCAGAUGAGGACGACAUUGCCGUGGCAGCGCAUCGCACAUUGCAUGCGAACCGAGAAAAUGCCCUUGCCACAUGUGAAGAGAUUGGCCGCAAUUACCACAGAACAGAGACAGCCAGUCGUGUUCAAGCUGUGCGGACAGUGCUGGUUCAUUUGGCUGAUAUUUUGCUGGAUCCGGCGCACGCCGCAGCUUCCCCUUUCAAGCAAGUGAAUGAGGCUUUGCGGCGCCUGGAAGCACAGGGUGGCAUCUGUUGGGGUGUCAACUUGCUAUGGUCACGGCGACGAACGUUACUCGACCUGCUGACCACGUAUUACGAGCCCUUCAAGGUCUUAUCAGUUGCGUUAGAGUGUACCUGCGGGUACGGUAUGGCCCAGAUUGGGGAUCCUGGCCAGGGCCUGCUGAUCGUGGAGGGCCCGGGAGAUCGGAGCAAGGAUAGAGGCUUGACAACAUCCCCGAUUCUGGUGCAAGCUUUUCAAUUCAUGCAAACUUUCAUGUCUGCUGCUCGUCGCCUGGUCCGUGCAUCCGCCACCGCGACCUCUUCUGUUCCAGACGUGGCAUGGUCAGAAAUUUCCAUUUGGUCCGAGUUUGCAGGCUAUGGGACGGCAGAGAUCGCCGCCCAGUCAGCAAUUGCACAUUAUCCGCUUGGGAGUUGCCAGCCCAGGCUAAAGUUCAUGGCGUCUUCAGAUUGCUCUGCCAGCUGCCGAUCUAUCCUUGCAGCCAGCCGCCCUCAGUCCUGCAUUUUCGGGGACAUUGAGGGCCUUGUCCCUCCUGAGGUUUUGAAGGACAUGAAAUCUUUGGUGAAGGAGCAUGUGGAGAUAACAUCCUCGGAUGUAGCAAAGGCGAAGUUAGCUUGUGGAUCACAAUCCAUAAGCCAUCUGUUUCGGAAUCAGGUGUUCAAGCGCGACUUGGGAUGGGUUCGUUCAGGAUCCAAGUUGCUCGGUGUUGGUGAUUUGGCCAUACCUGCCAACUCCAAGCUUUACGAUGGCCUCCCUCCCGACGAGCAGCAGCGAUUGUUCGACCAAGCAGUUGUGGCACUGCAGGAGACACCCAGCCGUUUUGUGUCCCGCAACUGGUUCGCAGCAAGCAUCCACCCACAGCCAUCUCGCCCCCGCGCUGACAGGAGCUUCGGUCCGGCAAGCUCACCCUGCUGA